UCUCCGCCUGCUGCACGCCCCCGCGGGCCGCCUAGGAGUGGGAGCAGCGUGUGGCUCAGGAGGACGGAGCUCGUGCGGGCGCCUAGAGCCGCCCGGGAGCGCGGCGCCGACCGAGAAGGGCGGGAGCCCAGCUGGUGCCCGCCGGCCCCGCGAACGGAAGGAAUGUGAUCCCCGAGCGCGCGCCGGAGCAGCCCUUGUGCGGCUCCCAGGGCUCCGGUUGCUCCCGGCCUGGCCUGGACGGGUUUAGCUCGGAGCUGCUGGAUUGCUGCGCAUCCCACUGGGGCACCCGGGCACGCCCAGGAGAAUAUGAAAGUGCUAUUUGGACUCAUUUGUCUCACUGCACCUCUGCUGUCCCUGGAGACUGAUAAAUGUACAGAGUAUCCAAACCAGAUCGUCCUGUAUUUAUCUGUAAAUGAAAUUGAUAUUCGCAAGUGUCCUCUUACAAAUGAAAUGCGUGGUAGCACCAUAAUUUGGUAUAAAAAUGACAGCCAGACGCCCAUCUCAGCGGACCGGGAUUCCAGGAUUCAUCAGCAGAAUGAGCAUCUUUGGUUUGUCCCUGCCAGGGUGGAGGAUUCAGGACAUUACUAUUGUAUAGUAAGAAACUCAACUUACUGCCUCAAAACUAUCGUCACCGUGAACGUUUUAGAAAGUGAUCCUGGCUUGUGUUAUAGCGCCCACACCACCUUCCCACAGCGGCUCCACAUUGCAGGGGACGGAAGUCUUGUGUGCCCUUAUUUGGAUAUUUUUAAAGAUGAAAAUAACGAGUUACCCAAAGUCCAGUGGUAUAAGAACUGUGAACCUCUGCCUCUUGACAACGUAAACUUCUUGGGAGUCAAAGAUAAACUGUUUGUGAGGAAUGUGACUGAAGAGCACAGAGGGGACUAUUUAUGCCGUAUAUCCUACACGUACCAGGGGAAGCAAUAUCCGGUCACACGAGUAAUAAAAUUUAUCACAAUAGGGGAAAUCAAGAGGGACAUACCUGUGAUCGUGAGCCCACGGAAUGAGACGAUCCCAGCUGACCCAGGAUCCACAAUACAACUGAUCUGCAACGUCACCGGCCAGCUCACCGACCUUGUCUACUGGACGUGGAAUGGGUCGGAAAUUGAGUGGUACGAUCCAGUUCUAGCUGAGGACUAUCAAUUUGUGGAACAUUCUUCAGUCAACAGAAAGUACACACUCAUCACAACACUUAACAUUUCAGAAGUCAGAAGCCAGUUUUAUCUCUAUCCAUUUAUCUGUGUUGUUAAGAACACAAAUAUUUUAGAGUCGGCGCAUGUGUGGUUAAUACCCCCAGUCCCCGACUUCAAGAAUUACCUCAUCGGGGGCUUUAUUAUCCUCACAGUUACAAUUGUAUGCUGUGUUUGCAUCUAUAAAGUCUUCAAGGUUGAUAUAGUGCUUUGGUACAGGGACUCCUGCUCUGGUUUUCUUCCCCGAAAAGCUUCAGAUGGAAAGACCUACGAUGCCUAUAUUCUUUAUCCCAAGACCCACGGAGAGAGGUCCUUCUCAAAUUUAGAUACAUUUGUUUUCAAACUGUUGCCUGAGGUCUUGGAGGGACAAUUUGGAUACAAGCUGUUCAUUUAUGGAAGGGACGACUAUGUUGGGGAAGAUACCAUCGAGGUUACUAAUGAAAACGUAAAGAAAAGCAGGAGGCUGAUUAUCAUUUUAGUGAGGGAUAUGGGAGGCUUCAGCUGGCUGGGCAAAUCAUCUGAACAACAAAUAGCAAUAUACAAUGCUCUCAUCCGGGAAGGAAUUAAAAUUGUCCUGCUUGAGUUGGAGAAAAUCCAAGACUAUGAGAAAAUGCCAGCAUCUAUUCAGUUCAUUAAGCAGAAACAUGGAGUCAUUUGCUGGUCAGGAGACUUCAAAGAAAGACCACAGUCUGCAAAGACCAGGUUCUGGAAAAACUUACGAUACCAGAUGCCAGCCCAACGGCGAUCCCCACUGUCUAAACACCACUUACUAACCCUGGACCCUGUGCUGGACACUAAGGAGAAACCGCCGGCACAGACACACUCACCACUGGGCUAGCACAGCAAACGUGGGCAGGCCAAGAACUUUGGAUGCCUCCUUCAUAAGAUGCUGUAUCUGGGCUGUGCCUCCCAGUAAAACAGUCAUGAAAUAAACCUGUCCAGUCCUUGACCCAGAUCACCUGGAAUUGGAUUGUGAAGAGAGCGGGACUUGGUGGCCAGGGCCGUUCAGGGCAGAGAGCUUGGGAAACCCCAGAGCAGUGGACGCUCAGGAGGCCACUCUGGAUGCCUGACUAACGGUGGAGGCAGCAAACUGGGAGUCUGAGGCUUCAAGAAAUGGCCACAUGUGUGGGUGAUUUAGAUUGCGUGGAGUCUCACAGUGGGGUUGUGGUUGUCUGAGGACACUUGGGGGUCCUUGUCAAAGAAGUGGUUACCCUAAGCUUAAGUGCGGGUGAGGUUUACUGAUACCCCACAGUGGAAGGCAUUUUUUAAAAUUUUUUUAUUGAGUAUCUUCUUCAUUUACAUUGCCAAUGGUAAAACCUUUCCCAAUUUUCCCACUCCCAAAAGCCCCCCUCCCCAAA